CAGCAGGAUCCAGAGCUGUAGAGCGGCUGCCGCUAACUCUCAGCGGCCUCCUGCCCUUUGGAGCGCGGGUGCCUCCCGCGAGCCCUUCCAACAUGUUUAACUUGAAGAAAAAGGACAAAGACAAAGAUGGGUCGAGGAAGGACAAGAAGGAAAAGAAGGAGAAAAAGGAGCGGAUGUCGGCAGCCGAGCUCAAGAGCCUGGAGGAGAUGAGCCUGCGCAGGGGCUUCUUCAACCUCAGCCGCACCUCCAAGAGAGAGUCCAAGUCCCGGCUGGAGAUCUCCAACCCCAUUCCCAUCAAGGUGGCCAGUGGCUCAGACCUGCACCUCACUGACAUUGACUCAGACAGCAACCGGGGCAGCGUGAUCCUGGACUCGGGCCAUCUCAGCACAGCCAGCUCCAGCGAUGACCUCAAGGUGGACGACACCAACUUCAAAGGGUCGGUCCUGCAGCGGGCGGCCAAGUUCGGCUCCCUGGCCAAGCAGAACUCCCAAAUGAUUGUCAAGAGGUUCUCCUUCUCCCAGAAGAGCCGGGACGAGAGUGCCUCGGAGACCUCCACACCCUCCGAGCACUCUGCAGCCCCUUCCCCGCAGGUGGAGGUGCGCAUGUUGGAGACUCAGCUCAGCAAGCAGGGAGCACCCAUGGGCCACCUGAGGGCCCCCUCAUCAUCGGCGCUGCGAGCCAGGGUGCCCGAGGUGGUCAGCAAGAGGUUUCCUGCUGAGCUGAGGCUGCCCAUGGUGGUGCCGCCCCAGCCCCCCGUGCCCCGGGAGCUGGAGCUGCAGCGGCGUAACACCGGUGACUUUGGGUUCUCUCUGCGUCGCACGACCAUGCUGGACCGGGCCCCUGACGGGCAGGUGUACAGGCGGGUGGUACACUUUGCGGAGCCAGGUGCUGGCACCAAGGACCUGGCACUGGGGUUGGUGCCGGGGGACCGGCUGGUGGAAAUCAACGGCCGGAACGUGGAGAACAAAUCUCGAGACGAGAUAGUGGAGAUGAUCCGGCAGUCAGGGGAGACUGUGCGGCUGAAAGUGCAGCCCAUCCUGGAGCUGAGCGAGCUGAGCCGCUGCUGGCUGAGGAGCAGCGAGGGGCUGCGCCGAGCGGCCUUCGAUCUGGAGCCUGUGGCCUCCCCGUCAGCACAGAGUCAGGCGAAGACGGAGGAGCAGAUCGCUGCCGAGGAGGCCUGGUAUGAGACGGACAAGGUGUGGCUGGUCCACAAGGAUGGCUUCUCCUUGGCGAGCCAGCUGCGAGCGGAUGAAGCGAACCUCCUGCCCGAAGGGAAGGUGAAGGUGAAACUGGACCACGAUGGGGCCGUGCUGGAAGUGGACGAGGAUGACGUGGAGAAGGCGAACCCGCCGUCCUGUGACCGGGUGGAGGACCUGGCCAACCUCGUCUAUCUCAAUGAAUCCAGCGUGCUGCACACGGUGCGCCAGCGCUACGGGGGUAACCUGAUCCACACCUACGCGGGGCCCACCGUGCUGGUCGUCAACCCGCUCAGCUCCCCCUCCAUGUACUCCGAGAAGGUGAUGCACAUGUUCAAAGGGUGCCGCAGGGAAGACAUGUCUCCACACAUCUACGCCGUGGCCCAGGCCGCCUACCGCAACAUGCUGAUGAGCCGCCAGGAUCAGUCAAUCGUCCUGCUGGGGAGCAGCGGCAGUGGCAAGACUACCUGCUGCCAGCACCUGAUCCAGUACCUGGCCACCGUAGCUGGCAGCACGGGGAAGAUCUUCUCAGUGGAGAAGUGGCAGGCGCUCUACACCAUCCUAGAGGCUUUUGGCAACAGCAGCACCAGUAUGAAUGGCAACGCCACUCGCUUCUCCCAGAUCAUCUCGCUGGACUUCGAUCAGGCUGGCCAGGUGGCCUCAGCCUCCAUACAGACGAUGCUGCUGGAGAAGCUGAGGGUCACCAAGCGGCCGGCCAACGAGGCCACCUUCAAUGUCUUCUACUACCUGCUGGCUGGCACGGACAACGCCCUCAGAACCGAGCUUCACUUCAGCCACUUUGCAGAGACCAACGUGUUUGGGAUUGUGCCACUGUCCAAGCCGGAAGAAAAGCAGAAGGCAGCCCAGCAGUUCAGCAAGCUCCAGGCUGCCAUGAAAGUGCUGGGCAUCUCCAGCGAUGAGCAGAAGGCGUUCUGGCUUGUCCUGGGGGCCAUUUAUCAUCUGGGGGCCGCAGGAGCCACCAAAGCUGGGAGGAAGCAAUUUGCUCGGCACGAGUGGGCCCAGAAGGCUGCUUACCUGCUGGGCUGCAGCCUGGAGGAGCUGUCUUCAUCUAUCUUCAAGCACCAGCCCAAAGGGAGCCUGCAGCGAUCCACGUCCUUCCGCCAGGGGCCCGAGGAAGCCGGCUUGGGAGAUGGCUCAGGCUCCAGGCUGACUGCUCUGGAGUGCUUGGAAGGCCUGGCCUCGGGCUUGUAUUCAGAGCUCUUCACGCUGCUCAUCUCGCUGCUGAACCGGGCUCUCAAGUCCAGCCAGCAUUCCCUGUGCUCCAUGAUGCUUGUGGACACCCCAGGCUUCCAGAACCCCGAGCUGGCAAACCAGAGCCGCGGGGCCAGCUUUGAGGAGCUGUGCCACAACUACGCCCAGGAGCGGCUGCAGACGCUGUUCCACGAGCGCACCUUCACUCAGGAGCUGGAGCGAUACAAGGAGGAAAGCAUAGAGCUUGCAUUAGAUGACAUAGAGCCCAGUACCUCUGGCUCUGUAGCCACUGUAGACCAAGCCUCACACCAAGCACUGGUGCGCUCCUUGGCCCGCACGGAUGAGGCCCGUGGGCUCCUGUGGCUGCUGGAGGAGGAGGCUUUGCAGCCUGCGGGAAACGAGGACACGCUGCUGGAACGGCUCUUCGCCUACUACGGGCCCCAGGAGGGAGAUAAGAAAGGCCACAGCCCGUUACUCCGAAGCGACAAGCCUCGCCAUUUCUUCCUGGGUCACAGCUACGGCACCAACUGGGUGGAGUACGACGCCACAGGCUGGCUGCAUUAUGUCCGGCAGAACCCAGCGUCUCAGAACGCCGCAGCUGUCCUGCAGGACUCUCAGAAGAAAAUCAUCAGCAGCCUGUUUAUGGGCCGGGCGGGUACGGCCAUGGUGCUGUCGGGCUCCAUCGCCGGCUUGGAAGGCGGGUCCCAGCUGGCCCUGCGCAGGGCCACCAGCAUGCGCAAGACCUUCACCACAGGGGUGGCAGCGGUGAAGAAGAAGUCACUGUGCAUUCAGAUCAAGCUGCAAGUGGAUGCUCUGGUUGACACCAUCAAGAAGUCGAAGCUCCACUUUGUGCACUGCCUCCUGCCCAAAGCGGAGGGCUGGAGCGGGGACCCCAAGGGGCUGGCGGCGCGGCGCAUCAGCAGCAGCGAACUGGACCUGCACGGGGAGCACUGUGAGGCGGGGCUCAUGCAGCUUGACGUGCCCCUGCUGAGGGCCCAGGUCAGGGGCUCCCGGCUCCUCGACGCGCUGCGCAUGUACCGGCAAGGUUACCCGGAUCACAUGGUCUUCUCGGAGUUCCGGCGGCGCUUCGACGUUCUGGCCCCUCACCUGACCAAGAAACAUGGGCGGAAUUACAUCGUCACGGACGAGAAACGGGCUGUGGAAGAGCUCCUGGAAUCGCUGGACCUCGAGAAGAGCAGUUACCACAUGGGCCUGAGCCGGGUGUUUUUCCGGGCAGGGACCCUGGCCAAGCUUGAGGAGCAGCGAGACGAGCAAACGAGCAAGAACAUUGCACUCUUCCAGGCUGCGUGCAGGGGCUUCCUGGCACGCCAGCAGUUCAAGAAGAGAAAGGUCCAGGAGCUGGCUAUCCGCUGCGUGCAGAAGAACAUCAAGAAGAACAAGGGGGUGAAGGACUGGCGCUGGUGGAAGCUCUUCACCAUGGUGCGGCCCCUCAUCGAGGUGCAGCUGACAGAGGAACAGAUCCGGGGCAAAGACGAGGAGAUCCAGCAGCUGAAGGGCAGGCUGGAGAAGGUGGAGAGAGAGCGCAACGAGCUGCGGCUGGGCAGCGACCGGCUGGAGAGCAGGGUGGCAGAGCUGACGGCGGAGCUGACGGACGAGCGGCACACGGGCGAGUCGGCCUCCCAGCUGCUGGAUGCGGAGACGGCCGAGCGGCUGCGGGCGGAGAAGGAGAUGAAGGAUCUGCAGGCCAAGUACGAGUCGCUGAAGAAGCAGAUGGAUUCCAUGGAAAUGGAAGUGAUGGAGGCGCGGCUCAUCCGGGCGGCCGAGCUCAAUGGGGACCUCGACGACGACGACUCAGGCGGCGAGUGGCGGCUGAAGUACGAGCGAGCCAUCCGCGAGGUGGAUUUCACCAAGAAGCGCGUGCAGCAGGAGUUUGAGGAUAAGCUGGAGGUGGAGCAGCAGAGCAAGAGGCAGCAGGAGAGAAGACUGGCAGAUCUGCAGGCCGAUAACGAGGAGUGCCAGCGUGCCCUGCAGCAGCUGAAGAAGAAGUGUCAGCGCCUGACGGCAGAGCUGCAGGACACCAAGCUGCACCUGGAGGGGCAGCAGGGGCGCAGCCACGAACUGGAGAAGAAGCAGCGAAGGUUUGACAGCGAGCUCGCUCAGGCUCAUGAAGAAGCCCAGCGAGAGAAGCUGCUGCGGGAGAAGCUGAGUCGGGAGAAGGACAUGCUCAUCGCAGAGGUCUUCGGCCUCAAGCAGCAGCUGGAGGACAAAGACUCCGACAUCAUGAGCUUCAGCCAGAAGGUGGAAGCCCUGGAGGCCGAGCUCCAAGACGUCUCCUCCCAGGAGUCCAAGGACGAGGCCUCCCUGGCCAAGGUGAAGAAGCAGCUGCGGGACCUAGAGGCGAAGGUCAAGGACCAGGAGGAGGAGCUGGAUGAGCAGGCCGGGACCAUCCAGCUGCUGGAGCAGGCCAAGCUGCGUCUGGAGAUGGAGAUGGAGCGCCUGCGGCAGACCCACUCCAAGGAGGUGGAAAGCCGCGACGAGGAGGUGGAGGAGAUCAGGCAGUCGUGCCAGAAGAAGCUGAAGCAGAUGGAAGUGCAGCUGGAGGAGGAGUACGAGGAUAAGCAGAAGGUGCUGAGAGAGAAGCGAGAGCUGGAGAGCAAGCUGGCUGCAGCUAGUGACCAGGUCAGCCAGCGGGACUUUGAGACGGAGAAGCGGCUGCGCAAGGAUCUGAAGAGAACCAAGGCGCUGCUAGCGGAUGCCCAGAUCAUGCUGGAUCACCUGAAAAACAACGCACCCAGCAAGAGGGAGAUCGCUCAGCUCAGAAACCAGCUGGAGGAGUCUGAAUUCACCUGCGCGGCGGCGGUCAAGGCCCGCAAGUCCAUGGAGGUGGAAAUCGAGGAUCUUCACCUGCAGAUCGAUGACAUCUCCAAAGCCAAGGCAGCCCUGGAGGAGCAGCUAAGCCGGCUGCAGCGGGAGAAAAACGAGGUGCAGAGCCGCCUGGAGGAGGACCAGGAGGACAUGAACGAGCUGAUGAAGAAGCACAAAGCAUCAGUGGCCCAGGCCUCCCGGGAUCUGGCCCAGAUAAAUGACCUCCAGUCCCAGCUGGAAGACGCCAACAAAGAGAAGCAGGAGCUGCAGGAGAAGCUGCAAGGGCUACAGAGCCAGCUGGAGUUCCUCGAGCAGUCCAUGGUGGACAAGUCUCUGGUCAGCCGGCAGGAAGCCAAGAUCCGGGAGCUGGAGACACGGCUAGAGUUCGAGAGGACCCAAGUCAAACGCCUGGAGAGCCUGGCCAGCCGCCUGAAGGAGAACAUGGAGAAGCUGACGGAGGAGCGGGACCAGCGUGCAGCCGCUGAGAACCGGGAGAAGGAGCAGAACAAGCGGCUGCAGCGUCAGCUGCGGGACACCAAGGAGGAGAUGGGCGAGCUGGCCAAGAAGGAAGCCGAGGCCAGCCGCAAGAAGCAUGAGCUGGAAAUGGACCUGGAGAGCCUGGAGGCCGCCAACCAGAGCCUGCAGUCGGACCUGAAGCUGGCGUUCAAGCGGAUCGGGGACCUGCAGGCUGCCAUCGAGGACGAGAUGGAGAGCGACGACAACGAGGACCUGAUCAACAGCGAGGGGGACUCAGACGUGGACUCGGAGCUGGAGGACCGUGUGGAUGGAGUGAAAUCGUGGCUCUCCAGGAACAAAGGCUCCUCCAAAGCAGUCUCUGAUGACGGCAGCUGGAAGAGCUCCAGCCCCCCAGGCUACCGCCGGCAGUUCGCCUGUGACAAAUCGGAGGAGGAGCGAGCCCCUUUGGAAAGCAUGCCCAGGUCCAGGGACUCCUCCAGGGGCUACCUGAGUGACAGCGACACAGAGAGCAAGCCAGCAGAGACCUCAGCAUAG